CAGUUUUUGAGGGUGGGGUUAAUAAGAUUCAUAUUCUUGGUGGUUAGUUGAAGAAGUGCAAAGGAAGGCCAUUCAGUGAUUGGAUACUGCAUUCAAAAUAACAAAAACUCAAAUACUAGAUAUUUACAAUUGACGUCUCGGGUCGGAUGACGUGAUUUGAUUAAACAAAACUUUGGAUAUAAUAUCUAUUGAUUCAAAAGAAACAUAAUUUUGUGUUUUAAACAAACACAGAACCCAGGCGAUGGUCUUAUUCUACGCACAGCCAGACGGUAGUACGGUGUAGAUUGUCAAAAAUUUAUUUACUUAUUCAAAAAGACUUGUAUAUACAAAGGCGUUUGAGGACACUCCCGUUAUAGAAAAAACAGCCUCUGAAAAGAGUUUUAAACCUGCUAGGAGCUAUAUUAUCAAUAGGAUAAAAAAGGACUAUUAAUAGAAGCUUGAGUUUAUAAGAAUUUUUAACAUAUUUGCUCGGAACAUUAAAACUUGGAGGUUAUAAAAAGGAAUAUGUAAAUAUGGUAAAAGAAACAACAAGUAAAUAACAUAAAUUAAAAACAGAACUAUCAUGUCGACAUUUGACUCAAAGUUUUCAUAUAAGGAUUAUAUAGAGCGACGGGAUGUCCAUGGCAACGAAUAUGAGGGUAUAUCAAUCCGCCAUCUCCAGGACAACGUAGGACACCACAAGGCUCAGGUUGACAUCUUCAACCCUUAUGCAACAUCAACCACUCAGAAUUCAACCAAAGCUACCUCUCGUAGCGAAUUCACAACCCUAGAACAUAAUGAUAUAUACGUACCAGCAUCUGUAAAUUCAGCUGAUACUGGUGUUUAUAGUAUAUCAACACAAACUGAACAAAAACCAAUAUUUAAAAGAGAUAUUGUCACUCCAAUACCAAUUGUUUAUCGGAAAGAUGAGCGUGAGAAGAAAGGAACAGGAUUGUGGUGGAAGCUAUGCCUACUCUUAGUGGCCUUGUUGAUCGUUGUAGCUGCCAUCAUUGUUAUUGUCAUCGCUGUUGAAAGACCAUGUAAGGACUCCCCAUGUAAAAAUGGUGGGAAUUGUGUCAACUACUUUACGACGUAUACGUGUGAAUGCAAGUUCCCAUAUACAGGGGCGACAUGUACAGAUUUCGUGGACGGAGUAUCAACAUAUUCUCCGACUACAACUUCAACUACAACUACAACUGAGAGGCAAAACACCACUACAGCUCCUUGUACGUUUGAAGUAUUCCAACUUUCGGGCUUCCCAAACGGCAAGAACACUGGACUGAUGACGGAAGAGGAAUGUAAACUUAGUUGUUUAAACAACAGAGAAUGUGCGGCAAUCGACUACUACAAUGGGAGGUGCUGGGUCCAUGCCGAAAAUCUAGGACGGUCUUUUGCUAACUUUACAACUCGGUUUGAGAAAGUGAAUUGUGUCUAGCAAGAUGACUGACAGUGAUUUUAUUGUAAAUAAUGUGAGCUUCAAAGGAUAUAAAAGUCGUAUAGUUUUCACUGGCGGAUCUGGGGGGGGGGGGCUGGGGGCCU